CCUCCCUGUCAUCUCCCCCACUCCUCUCAUUCCGUGGCUGGGCCAGUCAGGCCUGGGGCAGUGUUGCAGAGAGAGCAGUCCCAGUCAUCUCAGCUUCUCUCCGGGCGAGAGGAGGACUUUCUACACAGCAGGCAGACACACUGUCAGAGCUGGGAGCAGCUCACCCACACAUCUAAAAAUGCACAAGGGUUGACAUGCACACACUCACUUCAGCAUCUAACAAAGCAGCUGACCUUACAACAAAGCAGCACCAAAGGAAAGGAGACAGCAUUGAGUCAGAGGAGAACCCCGAGUAACUCCGCUGGACACAGUCCACAGGACAGGAGAGCAGGGACGAGUGAAGAUUACAAUUACAAGUACAGAGAGGACAAUUUCUUACAGACAGACAGCAGAGGAGUGCAGACAGCGUAUGAGCCACUCUCGAUCAGGACUAUAAGUCCAGUAAGAACCAGAGAAUGGAGACUUCACUGACAGACCCAUGGAUACAGAGUCCUGGAGAUGCUACUCUGAGGUGCCCGUGUUGAUCUCUCUGCCUACGUCUGGCUCUCUCCCUCAAGCCUCCUCACUGCAGCAUUCAAGAGUAAGUACCAACAACCAUGUGUAUUUUUUUAAAUUACAUUUCACACUACAUAGGCUAUUUGCCAUUUAUGGUCAGAAAGUUCCAACAAUAAAAUGGCACUCAUCUAGACAAUAGCCACAAAUUAUUUGGCCCAUUAUUUUUAGACAUUUUCUAGGACAGUCAGGUUUAAUAAAACAAAUGACUUUUCUUGUGCUUUGAGACAUUGAUGACAGGUGUAUAGCACUACAGUACCCGUUACCCCAGGCUGCCUAAUCUGAGUGUAGCUAAGGUGUGAGGUACAGAGAGAACCAUCAGUCUGAGGAGUUCAGUACACACCCACACCUGGGCAUCCUCCUCAACAGAGUGAGAAUGCCACUGAAUGCUAUCAGAACACUGAUGACGACAGAGGUCAGCUUGUAUGGAGGUAAUCAAUUUCUCACUUUCCACCAUGUCAAGUCUUCAACGAGUGCAGAUCAAAUCAAUACAAUUGCAAUUCUUUCAACAGUUCUGUUAAAACAGACUUCAGGAGAACAGAACAUCAGUGUCAAUACUUUUGAUUCAGGAUGUACAAUACUUUAUUUUCUCACUGCAGUAACCACAGUAUUCCUCCGCCAUGCCCCUAUUCAGCUGGAUGAAAUGGUUGCGUGCUGAAGGAGAACAGGCUCAAGAUGAGGGGACAUCUGCUAAGUCCACAGGGGUAUUACCCAGCUGCACACUGAUCAGGGAGCUGCUGUGGCACGUGGAGGAGAGGGAGCGCCUGGCACGGGAGGUGGAGCGGGAACACAGGUUGGCCCACAACACCGUGGGAUACCCGCACUGGCUCCAGAGCUACCCAAGGUUACGUACGCUGAUCCCCGCAUCGGAGCGUCUCCAGUUGGAGCAUUUGUGUGCCCAGAUCCAGCCCAUACACACCGCCACGGUGCUCUCCAGGUUCCGCGAGGUGCUGGCCAGCAACAACAUCCUGCCCUGGGAGCUGGUGUACGUCUUCAAGCAGGUGUUGAGAGACUUCCUCAACAAAGAGGAAGGGGAAGAAGAGGAGGAGCAUCUGCCGCAGCCAGCACUGCUUGGGCCAAUGGAGGCCUGGACCAACCGAUACCAAAUGAAGCAGGGCUUUGUCACACCCACCGUGCCGGACUGUGGUGAGCCCCCGAGAGAGGAGAUCCCAACCAUCUCUGGAUAUGUGGACCGUACUACGAGAGGCUCUAGUCCUUUCACUGCCCAUAGGGACUGGGACCUUCCCUACUACUACCACCACCCAGUGCCACACAACUCCACAGAGGCCUACAGUACCAUGCUGUGAGAAGAGGCAGGGUGGUAAAGUAGUCCCCAACUCAUGACCAUGCUUACCUUCUAUCCUUGUUAUGUCAUGCCUGAAAGAGUUGUAAUCCCACCCCAAAAUGUGCAUAAAAUGUUAGAUUUAUUCAUUUAAAUGUAUGAACUGCAACACAAUCUUGCACGGGACAAACACUUGGGGACAGAUUCAGACAUGCAACAAUGUAUACUGCUAUCUACCUGAACUAGGGGUGCAUCUCAAUACUAGCUACUACAAUAGGCUUGUCUACUAGCGAGCCUACUUCAUUUGCACUGACAAGUCAACCCGUAUUAGACUAGAGGUCGACCGAAUGGCCGAUUAAUUAGGGCCGAUUUCAAGUUAUAACAAUCGGAAACCGGUAUUUUUGGACACCGAUUUGGUGUCCGAUUUUUUUUUAUACCUUUAUUUAAUCUUUAUUUAACUAGGCAAGUCAGUUAAAGAACACAUUCUUAUUUUCAAUGACGGCCUAGGAACGGUGGGUUAACUGCCUCGUUCAGGGGCAGAACGACAGAUUUUUACCUUGUCAGUUUGGGGGAUUCAAUCCUGCAACCUUAGAGUUAACUAGUCCAACGCUCUAACCACCUGAUUACAUUGCACUCCACGAGGAGCCUGCCUGUUACGCGAAUGCAGUAAGCCAAGGUAAAUUGCUAGCUAGCAUUAAACUUAUCUUAUAAAAAAACAAUCAAUCAUAAUCACUAGUUAACUACACAUGGUUGAUGAUAUUACUAGUUUAUCUAGCGUGUCCUGCGUUGCAUAUAAUCGAUGAGGUGCGUAUCCUUGCUCCAAUGUGUACCUAACCAUAAACAUCAAUGCCUUUCUUAAAAUCAAUACACAGAAGUAUAUAUUUUUAAACCUGCAUAUUUAGCUAAAAGAAAUCCAGGUUAGCAGGCAAUAUUAACCAGGUGAAAUUGUGUCACUUCUCUUGAGUUCAUUGCACGCAGAGUCAGUGUAUAUGCAACAGGUUGGGCCGCCUAAUUUGCCAGAAUUUUACGUAAUUAUGACAUAACAUUGAAGGUUGUGCAAUGUAACAGGAAUAUUUAGACUUACGGAUGCCACCCGUUAGAUAAAAUACGGAACGGUUCCGUAUUUCACUGAAAGAAUAAACGUCUUGUUUUCGAGAUGAUAGUUUACGGAUAUCGACCAUAUUAAUGACCUAAGGCUCGUAUUUCUGUGUGUUAUUAUGUUAUAACUAGGGUCUAUGAUUUGAUAGAGCAGUCUGACUGAGCGGUGGUAGGCAGCAGCAGGCUCGUAAGCAUUCAUUCAAACAACACUUUAGUGCGUUUUGCCAGCAGCUCUUCGUUGUGCUUCAAGCACUGCGCUGUUUAUGACUUCAAGCCUAUCAACUCUCGAGAUUAGGCUGGUGUAACCGAUGUAAAAUGGCUAGCUAGUUAGCGGGGUGCGCGCUAAUAGCGUUUCAAACGUCACUCUCUCUGAGACUUGGAGUGGUUGUUCCCCUUGCUCUGCAUGGGUAACGCUGCUUCGAGGGUGGCUGUUGUCGAUGUGUUCCUAGUUCGAGCCCAGGUAGGAGCGAGGAGAGGGACGGAAGCUAUACUGUUACACUGGCAAUACUAAAGUGCCUAUAAGAACAUCCAAUAGUCAAAGGUUAAUGAAAUACAAAUGGUAUAGAGAGAAAUAGUCCUAUAAUAACUACAACCUAAAACUUCUUACCUGGGAAUUUUGAAGACUCAUGUUAAAAGGAACCACCAGCGUUCAUAUGUUGAGCAAGGAACUUAAACGUUAGCUUUCUUACAUGGCACAUAUUGCACUUUUACUUUCUUCUCCAACACUUUGUUUUUGCAUUAUUUAAACCACAUUGAACAUGUUUCAUUAUUUAUUUGAGGUUAAAUUGAUUUUAUUGAUGUAUUAUAUUAAGUUAAAAUAAGUGUUCAUUCAGUAUUAGUGUAUUUGUCAUUAUUACAAAUACAUUAUUUUUUAUAUAUUUAUUUUAUUAAAUCGGCCAAUUAAUCAUUAUCGGAUUUUUUUGGUCCUCCAAUAAUCGGUAUCUGCGUUGAAAAAUCAUAAUCGGUCGACCUCUAGCUUAGAUAUUUUGGCACCUGGCUACAGAGUACCACAGUAUCAGUCAUAAUACCCAUAAAACAUACCGGUCAAACAAGGAAAUAUUCCUAUUGUUUUUCCACCAUUCAUUUUUCCCAUAGGGGAUUUUAGAAACACUUAAAAUAAGGGCUGUGUUUUGUGAAGGCUUAUUCUGGCAUAACAAUAAUCCAUCCACCUGACAGUUGUGGCAUAUCAAGAAACUGAUUAAACAGCAUGAUCAUUGCACAGGUGCCCCUUGUGCUGGGGACAAUAAAACACCACUUUAAAACGUGCAGUUUUGUCACAACACCACAGAUAUCUGAAGUUGAGGGGGCGUGCAAAUUGGCAUGCUGACUGCAAGAUGUCCACCAGAGCUGUUGACAGUUCAUUUAAUGUUCAUUUCUCUACGAUAAGCUGCCUCCAAUAUCAUUUUAGAGAAUUUGGCUGUACAUCCAACAGGCCUCACAACAGCAGACCACAUGUAACCACGCACAGCCCAGGACCUCCAUAUCAGUCUGCUUCACCUGUGGGAGGAGUAUUUGU